AUGAGGUGCUGCGGAGCACGCUGUUUACUUCUUGUUGCUCUGGCAGUGGCAGGCUUGGCUUAUAUAGCCUAUGUCCCAGUGCCUGAUGACUUUGAUAAUCCCUGGGAGAUAAGGCCCAUUAUAUGGUCUACAAAACUAGGACCUUAUUUGUUAUGGCUGGGAGAGAAGCUGGGUUAUGGAACAGAGCUGGAGCAGCUGCGUGCCCUGUUUGAGAAGGUGGGAGACAUGGUGCCUCCAGACCCUAACUCCACUGUAAAGAUCUUUCAGGUUACAAAAACAAAGUUUAAUGGAGUAAAUGUUCGAGUAUAUGAUCCCAAUAAAAGUAAAGGAAAAAGACCUGCUCUCAUAUAUUUACAUGGAGGUGGUUGGACAAUGGGAAGUUCUGCUGUAUAUGACAGCAUCACAAGAAGCAUUGCAGAAGAACUGGGGAUGGUAGUGGUCUCUGUCGAUUAUCGGUUGGCCCCAGAACACAAAUACCCAGCUGGUUUGGAGGACAGUAUGGCAGUGACUGUGUAUCUGCUGGAGAAUUCUGUUAAGUAUAAUGUGGACCCCAACAGAGUGGCUGUGGGAGGUGACAGUGCCGGUGGUAACUUAGCAGCAGCAGUUGCACUGAAACUCAGAGACCAGAAUGUGACGCCAGUUCUAAAACAACAACUCCUUAUCUACCCUGCUCUCCAGGCCAUAGACAAUCAGCUCCCCUCAGCGCAGCAGAACAGCAAACUCGGCAUUAUUUUAAAGACUGAACUCAUGGUGAAAUUUUGGUUGUCCUACUCCUUAGGGGUUGCAAAUGCAGAUGUUAACCAAUUGAACCUGCUGCUCAACAACCAGCACCUUUCAGGGCAGGCUCUAAGGAGAGGAAGAGAGUUUGUGCAUCCUUCAUUACUGGAGGAGAAGUAUAUUCCAAAGGACUAUAAACCAUGCAAAAACCAAGGCUUGUCAAAGCCACCUAUUUCUGCAGAAUUUGAACGUGUAGUGAUGGAUCCAUAUUUCAGUCCGGUCAUGGCUGAGACUCUGCAGGGGGUCCCUGAGGCGUGCCUCAUCACUGCAGAAUAUGACAUCUUGAGGGACGAUGGUUUGUUGUUCAAAAGGCGUUUAGAGGAGGCGAAGGUCAAGGUUACACACCACCAUUACAAGAUAUUCCACGGGAUUUUCAUUGAACCACACAGUCACAUGAAAAUGUUUGCACAAGUUCACAGAGAUGUUUUGGUUUGUUUGAAACAUGUGUAAUAAAUUUAAAAAAUGCUUUACAACAUGUUUAAGCUAAGGUUACAGUAAUAAAUCUUAAACUUUCAGAUCAGAAAUUGUGAUUGGGGGAGGGAAAACUUCAAAAGGAUAAAAAGAAUAUUUAUCCAAUAGUUGAGUCAUUCAAAUACUAGCUAGCAAUUGCACCUUCUUCUGUAUUUAAAAUUACAAUGCAAACAUUUGUUCUGAUUAUGUGAUGACAUAUUAAUUUUCAAAAGGCUAAGGUGCAGUACAUAUAAUAGUUGGCUUUGCAUAAAACUGGGCCCACUUGGCCUGGAAAAUUUACUGAGUUACACAAACACUUGAGUAAAUUGAUAUUCAUGUACCAACUAAUAUCAAGGAAAGAAAUUUGUUCCAAGAUAUUUGUUCGAGAAUAACAGUGAUUAGAAAGAACAGAUGAUGUGUUAAUAUGAAGAGUCCACUGUAGUUAAAUCUUUCAUUGUUUAAAUUGUUAAAGUUAACUGUUAUGUUAUCACUGUUAUUAUCUUUUUUACAAGCUUUAAUCAUUGUAUCUUUUGUAUUUUAUAAUUUAUACACUUUUUACAUGAACAUUUUAAAGUAAAUAUUAUGUAUUCAGAUUGAUAAUGCACUGGCUUUGAAAUGUAAUAAUACGAAACUAUCUCUCAGUAGUGACUAAAAGAUCAUUCACACAGAUAUUUAGAUCGAUCUAUCCCCCUGGGGAGUCUCACUAAAUUGCUGUCA